CACAGCUUCCUAUUUCAAAACAACAAUCCCUCUGCCUGCAUGGCAAAAAUCAAAACAAGAAUCAUAUUUGCUGAAUUUUCCUCGCCAGCAGACACAAAACGAUGUAUCUAAUAUUCGUCAUUUCCCUGCUGUCCUUGCUGAUGGCGUUUGCAUCAAAGAUUACGAAAAUGAUCCUGCCCUUCAUAUGCCGGGAUAGUGCGGAAGUGAUAGCGCGGAGGAAAGAAAUAGCCAAAUUACGCUCCGAUCUGGCGAAAAUUUCCAUGCGCGACGAGUACACCCGGUACGUCCGGUGUGAGCGUGAAAUUGGCAAACUGGAAGUGACGCUGAACGAGGCCAAAGGACGGGAUGGUGUGAAGCGCGUUGCGUACGAGUACGGACUGCACUACGGCGGGAUGGCCGUGGUCGGGCUGUGCAUGAUGUACAUUUCCAUUUUCUACCGCUACUCCACCGUCAUCGUGUUCGGCGACAACUUUAACUUUGAACCGUUCGGUGGAUUCAUCAACUUCCCGACGAAAGUGCCCAAUUCCAUCUCGGUGGUGUUCUGGAUCGUGGUGAACAAUUUCGUCGCCCGGACCCUGGCCAGCUACGUCAAAUAAAACGCUCUCGAAACGCUCGCGGUGUAAGCUAACCGGAACCA